AUGAUCAUCUUGAGGAGGAAGAAGAUAUUAACGUUACAUUUCAUUGUUUUUUGUUCAAUAUUUAUUUCAUUAAGCGCUUGGAUUCAUUCGGUAUCGAUAGGCACUCCGAAUGUAACUACUCAUGAAGAGGCAGUACAUGAAUUGAUGAGUCUUAUUCAAAGGCAUCAAUGGAAUUCAACCCAACGUUUGAUGGCUGAUUCUUUCCGAUUACAAGUUUAUGGGUUUAUCAAAAAUCAAGAAAUUCCAUUCUCGGGAUUGUAUUUGGGAAAGAAUUCAUGGAAGUACUUCUAUGGAAAUUUAUCAAAGUAUUUUGAUGUUGGAAAAUACACUUUAGAACAUUAUGAAAUAGUCGCCCGAAACGGAAAUAGCUCGUUUGUCAAGGUGGAUGAAACUCAUUUCACUUUGUAUCAUCAAUUUAAGGUUUCAUUAAGCGAUGCGUUCUACCUGGAAUCAGAAGAAUUUCAUACAUUGGGCAACAAUGGCAAAACGGCCACCACUCUUUUCACGUUUGCCCAAAUGUAUGCAGACACUUCUUCCAUUGCAAAUGUUCUCUAUUUGGAUAGUGGAAAGAGUGAUGAAGUGUUGUUUUUCGUGAUUGGCAGUGCUUGCGGUGCUUUGAUCUUGGGGAUUGCUCUCGGCUCCAGUACAUUGCUCAUUAUUUCAGAAAUGAAAAAACGAAUCAAAUUCAUUACGACCACGAAACGAAAUUCCAAAAAUCCACACUUGCUUAAUAAUACUCCAUCAAAUUCUAAGGCCCAGAAAGAACAAUAA